CAGGAAGAACAUUCCACUGUUGACAGACUGGUAAACCUAAACCUUCUCGGGGCUCUCUCCUGUAACAGAUAAACACUGUCCGCUGAAGUUGAAUAGACCGACUCGUUAACACUAUUGACAUCACCGGACGCCCGUGUUGAGGCUGCUGCCGCGGUCUGAGUCAACAGGAUCAGGAUGCGUCGGAACCCCCCCCCGCGUGGUCAGGCCCCCCCCCCGCGGGGUCAGGGGGCGGCCCGGGCCAAGCAGAUGGGUCUGCUCCUGGACCUCACUCCCGAGGGGGGUGCGGAGGACGGCGGGAACGAGGAGGAGCUGGAGGCGGAGCUUCUGGCGCUGAUGGGAGGGGCAGGGAAACCAACGGCGAAGAAGAACGGAGGCAGAGCUCCUGUCCCCAUGGAGGAGAUCGAGCGGAUGGCGGCUCUCUGCAUGAAAGAUCUGGACGAGGACGACGUGGGAGAGGAAGACCUGGACGAUGAGGACCUGCUGGCGGAGCUGAACGAGGUGUUGGAGGAGGUGGAGGAGGAGGCUCCCCGACCCGCCCCACCUGUCACCAUGGUAACCGCCCCUCAGCCACGCCCUCCCCCGGGCGGGGCCAGCGGACCGGAGUCCGUCCUCCUGGAGCGCAUCGCCAUGUACCAGGCGGCCGUCGCCAACGCAACGGCCUCAGGGGAGACGAGCAAGGCCCGCCGCUACGGCCGCGGCCUCAAGACUUUACAGUCGAUGUUGGCGUCGGUCAAAAAAGGGAAACCAAUCAAUGAGGAGGAUAUGCCACCGCCUGUCGCCACUGGUGGAAAGCCCAAUGUCCCGCCUCCUCAGCCUGAGCCAAUCAAGGAGCGCGAACAGCCAGCGCCAAACCUCAUGCCUUCUCUGCCAACGAAUCAGAAGCCGCUGAGGGAAGCACCGCCUGUAAUCCCAAACGUUAAGCCUCACUCUCUCACCCCCCCAAAGGCAGCCUCCACCGCCCUGACCCCCGGGACCCCGGCCAUCUCCCCCCUCACCCCCGGACACACACACUCACAGCACUCAGAGCUGAAGCAGGCGGUGCUAUCCAGACAGAGGGACUACAAGAUGGCCGCCAUCCACGCCAAGCAGGGCGGCGACUCAGAGCUGGCCAAACAACACUACCUCAUCGCUAAGAGACUGGACCCUGUGCUGGAGGCCCUGGACCGGGGGGAGCCUCUGGACCUCCGCUCCCUCCCACCAGCGCCGGGCAGACGGAGCCCUGCCCCCAGUCCGGCCGGGCCCCCGCCCCCGCCCGCUGCCACCCCGACCCCGGGCCCUGUGGCCCCUGCUGAGCUGGCGGCUCCUGGCAGUGUGGAGGAGGCCCUGACCCAGAGGAUGGAGCGCUACAAAGCAGCCGCCACCACAGCCAAGAGCACCGGAGACGAACGCAAGUCCCGCAUGCACCAGCGCAUUGUCAAGCAAUACCAGGACUCCAUCAAAGCUCAUAAGGCCGGUCGGCCGGUGAACCUGUCGGAGCUCCCCGUGCCACCAGGCUGUCCACCAUUCCAGGGUUUAGACGUUGGGCAGCAGAAUUUCAUGGGUGUCAUGGAAACAGCCAUGAAAUUAGCCAAUCAGGAGGCAGAUGUGGAAGAGGACAGCCAUGCAGACGCUGCAAAGCCGAUCGCUCGGCCCCAGGCUCCCAAAGCCCCAGCCGCCCCCUUUCAGGCCCCCGCCAAGAUGGGAGCUAAAGCUCAGCAGCAGCUGGAUUUCUUAUUGCUCCGACGACAAGGACUGACCAAUGCAGCACUGCGGUCGAAGCAGAUGAAGGACCUCCAGGGGGCGACGCAGCACCUCCGGCACGCCAAGGGGCUGGACGCCAUGAUCACCGCCGCUAGAGCCGGCCUCCCCGUGGACAUCUCACAGGUGUGUGUGUGUGUGUGUGUGUGUGUGUGUGUGUGUGUGUGUGUGUGUGUGUGUGUGUGUGUGUGUGUGUGUGUGUGUGUGUGUGUGUGUGUGUGUGUGUGUGUUCUGGUAGAGAGUGGCGUGUUUAUUAGGGACCUAUUCGUGCAGGUCUCCCCGCUGUCGGUUCCCUCCACGCGGAUCACCGUGUCCGGUGUUCCGCCGUUUAUACCUAACGAGUUGUUAGAGAACGAGCUCCGUAGGUUUGGCAAGUUUGCCGGUGGAUUUAAAACGGUGAGUUUGGGAUGUAAGGAUCCCAAACUGAAGCACGUGCAGUCUCUGAGACGGCAGGUGUUCAUGUUCCUGGACUCGCCGACACAAACACUCGAUGUAUCGUUCAGAGUGAAGCACGACAGCAGGGGGCGGCUCGCUCAGCUGAUGCGGCGGACGGCUCCGUUCGGUCCGCGGCUGGCGGGUCGGGUAGUGGGUCUGCGGUUGUCGGGUCCUGUGUUGAGUCCGCGGCUGGCGAGUCCGCGGCCGGCGGGUCUGCGGCUGGCGAGUCCGGUGCUGGUUCCGCGGCCGUGUCCGCGGCUGGUGAGUCCGGUGCUGGGUCCACGGCUGGUGGCUCCAGUGCUGGCGCCGCGGUCGCGGAUGCGGCUGACGGAGGUCCUGGUGAAGCUCGGGGUGACGGAGGUCUGCUUUGUGUUUCCCUCCAGGGUGAACCCCGACCUGUCGAUGAACGACAUGAUGCUUCACAUCAUCAGAGGCAUCAAUCUACCCACCCCUUCAGGCGUCUCUUCCAGCGAUCUGGACUCUAGUGUGAAGUUUGAGUUUCCUUUCCCAAGUGUGGAGGAGGCGCAGUGCGACCGCACGGCCACCGUCCGCUCCACCUCCAGCCCCGAGUUCAACGAGAGCUUCAGGCUGAGCAUCAACCGAGGCCACCGGGUGUUCAGACGGCUGGUGGUCAGCAAGGGCAUCAGGCUGGAGGUCCUCCACAAGGGAGGCCUGUUCAAGACGGACAAGGUGGUGGGCGGCGCCCAGCUGAAGAUGGACGCCCUGGAGAACCAAUGCGAGGUCCGGGAGAUCCUGGAGGUGCUGGACGGCCGGCGGCCCACCGGGGGGAAGCUGGAGGUCCGCCUGCAGCUGCGGGAGCCCCUGGGGGGGGCGCAGCUGCAGGCGGUGACGGAGAAGUGGCUGGUGCUGGAGCCGCCGCCCCCCUCCCCCACCAAGAGGCCCAAGGACCGGGCUCCCCCUUCCCCCCGCUCCGGGCCGCGGGGUGCCCCCCCCCCCAGCAGCUCCCCUCCGAAGUACAGCCUCCACAGCUUCAGCCUGCUGCACCACGAAAAGGAGGGCGUCGAGAGGAAGCUGGUGGAGUACAAGAGGAGCCGCCGCGAGCCCCCAGCCGACCUGCUCCUUCAGCACCGAGAGCUCGGCCAGCGUCUGCAGUGGCAGAAGACCCAGCUGGAGAGAGGGUCCCCCGCCCUACUGCAGGACUACCAGGCUGUGUUGGGCCGGUUCGUUCAGGGCCUCGGUGACUCAGUGAAGAAGUUCUCCAGCCAAGGGAACAGGGAGGCUGCCAAAGAGGCCCUGGGCCGGCUGAAGUUGGUUGAGGUGGAGCUGGAAUCUCUGAAAAGAAAGCGCCAUGCAUGAGUGAAGAGAAAGAGGAUAACGAACGAGGGUGGUGAACAGAAGACUGUUAGAAACACACACACACACACACACACACACACACACUCCAAUGCCUUGCUUUAAGAAUGUGUCUGUCAGAGUGAAUCCUGUUCAACGUGUAAGACAGGAGAGAGCGUCAUCGCGACUUCAGCGUCCUUUCUGCUAAGACGAUUGAGUCGUUUGUGUAGAAGCUUAACGACAAAAGGCAUCUCUCCUUUAGAGGCGUUUCAGCUGGGUGGGGAUAACGCGCUGCUUAUUUGCACUUGAAACCUAGACGAGAACACUAGCAGACAGUCUUUGUGCUUAUUUUUCUAUCUCUUUUUUUCAUGUUGAUCUCAGGCAAAGAGGUCUUAUAUUAUAACGAUAAUCAUGUAACUCUUCAUGUAUACGUGGGCGG